UUCGCACUGUAAUAAUCAGUUUUCAGGUUUUGGGAGAAGCACUAACUAAAAGGAUGCUUCUCCCAACAUUUCCGCCUUAUCUAGAUUUUAUUAUUUGACUAGAGCAGCUUUUUCCGCAUGUUUUGUUGUGUCCUCUUAUAACUUAAAACAAACCUAUACAGCCCUUGGCUUUUCCUCACACCGGCCAGCAAAAUGAAGUGCAGAAAUCCUCCUUUCCACUUCACAAUCAUGCACUAUUUUUGUUGCCCAAUCACAUAAAAUCCCAAUAAAACACAGUAAAUUUAAGGUUUCUGGAUGGUGUUCUGUAAAAUAUAAAAAAGUCCUAGGUGUAUGAUUUUCUUUGCAAAACAUACUAUCAACAGUCAGCUGAUUAAUCGAUACACUAGACUUUACUUUACAUCUGUGCACUUUUUGUUUUUUUGCUAUUUCUCUUCAUGCCCAGAAUAUCCUGCUUGAGUGAAAUCGAAGGAUUUAAUCCAGUUUUGGUUAUCGAUGAUGGGACAGACUAAUGCAUCUCCUGUUGCACUGCAGCGAGGCAGAAAUGGCACUUCAGGACUUUGGAAAUUCAAUAAGCAGAACCCUGCCAGGGCUUAUUCUUUUUUGAAUUAUUCAUGCAAUUAGCCUGUUGACGGUUUCACUCAGACUUUCCUACAGACAUAAUCCUAUAACAAACAACAGGAGAAUCUGAUCCCAUGAUUAUAAAUAGGUUCUAUUUUAAAGAUGUGAACAGUUUGAGGAACGGUGUCCUGCAGGAAGUUGCAGUGGUAUUAAAGUAAAAAGAAAGUGACAUGAAGUGAUCUCUGAUGGAUGUUUUCUGACUGCUGCAUGUCAUUUGAUCCCAUCUGUGCCCAACCACAGAACCUUAAGGCGAUGCGAGGCUUCUGGCCCUUUAAAAGCUGAGCCCCUCAGCUCUGCAGGAGCUCCAUAUGGCUUCCCCGCUUCGUUUGUGAGCAGCCGGGGCCAUCAUGUUGGAGGGAGGAGCUCGCCUCAAACGCACCAGAUAAAGCCCGUAUAGCGUCUCAGAGUGGAGGCGCACACUUCACUAUAUCUCACCGGCAGCUUCAGGCUCAGCCGACCCGAAAGAGGAGCGCGGGGAGGCGGGUAACGCUGAAACGACUGCCCUCGCCAGUGCCCGCUCGCCGUUGUUCCAGCAGCUGAGUGAACUGUAGCUUCCAGACCUGGUUGCUGCUGUUGCCUGCGUCUUCGCAGAAACGCACGGGCUCCCGUGUUUUUUGGAAAUAAAAUCCACGAAGCCGAAGCGCAUGCGGGGGUGAAUGAGCGGAGAUCACGACGCUUCGAGAUGACAAAGCCAGGCGGGCGGGGAGGAGAGGACGAAGAAGACGGAGCGGGUGGGAUACCCCUCUUCCUCCUCUGUCACUUUUCUGGAUUUUCUCUGUCUACAUGUGCGCUCAGUGUCCACAUGAGCAGCUGAUAAAAAGCAGACUAACCCGCAGUGUUUGUUCGCCUUUGUGCAUCACUCAGCAUAUCCAUUAUUACGCGCGGGGGGUCCCCGUGGGCGUUGGGAAACGCGCGCGCGCACAUGAAAGACAAUUACAGAGAGAAAGGAAACGUCACCGAAUCGACCCGAACCGCUUCAGCAGACCUCAGCAUACAGUAGCCAUCCUCUGGUUGUAAUUGGUCGCUGUUGAUCUGUAAAAACCACGUCUCCACGUCUAUAUGACCCUCUGGCUCGUCCGCCGGGUACCGCAAGGCGGAUGACGAGAUGUCCGGGACCACUUCCCAGGCGGAUCCCGUAGACGCCACUGCGCGUACUGUGAUCCUCAAUCGGACCCAAAGCACCAAGUUCUGCGACAACCACGUGAGUACCACCAAAUAUGGGAUUCUCACAUUUCUGCCCCGGUUCCUCUAUGAGCAGAUCAGACGGGCAGCCAAUGCCUUCUUCCUGUUCAUCGCACUUAUGCAGCAAAUCCCCGAUGUAUCACCGACCGGUCGCUACACCACUCUGGUGCCGCUCAUCUUCAUUCUCACUGUGGCGGGAAUUAAAGAAAUCAUAGAGGAUUAUAAAAGACACAAAGCCGAUAACACGGUGAACAAGAAGAAGACGACAGUGCUGCGGAACGGAGCUUGGCAGACGAUCAUCUGGAAGCAGGUGGCAGUAGGGGACAUAGUGAAGGUGACCAAUGGCCAGCAUCUUCCAGCUGACAUGGUUAUAGUGUCCUCCAGCGAGCCACAAGCCAUGUGCUACAUCGAGACCUCAAACCUGGACGGAGAAACCAACCUGAAGAUCAGACAGGGUCUUCCCCUGACAGCCGGUUUUCAGACCCUGGAUGACUUGAUGGCGUUGUCAGGUCAUUUGGAGUGCGAAGGCCCCAACAGACACCUGUAUGACUUCACUGGCACGCUGCGCCUGGUGAACCAGAAUCCAGCUCCUCUGGGUCCAGACCAGGUGCUGCUGCGUGGAGCCCAGCUCAGGAACACUCAGUGGGUCGUGGGAAUCGUCGUCUACACUGGCCAUGACUCUAAACUAAUGCAGAACUCCACCAAGGUGCCGCUGAAGCGCUCGAACGUGGAGCGGGUGACCAACAUGCAGAUCCUGGUCCUGUUCGGCAUCCUGCUGGUCAUGGCGCUGGUGAGCUCGGUGGGCGCCGCCAUCUGGAAUAGGGAACACACAGACGAGGCCUGCUGGUAUCUGUCGCGGGCUGGUGACAUCUCUCUUAACUUUGCAUACAAUCUGUUGACGUUCAUCAUCCUCUACAACAACCUGAUCCCCAUCAGCCUGCUAGUUACCCUGGAGGUGGUGAAGUUCAUACAAGCCCUCUUCAUCAACUGGGACGUUGAGAUGUACUACUCGGAGACAGACACGCCGGCCAUGGCGCGAACGUCCAAUCUCAAUGAAGAACUGGGCCAGGUGAAAUACCUCUUUUCUGACAAGACCGGAACGCUCACUUGUAACAUCAUGCACUUUAAGAAGUGUACCAUUGCAGGAAUCACAUAUGGCCACUUCCCUGAUCUUGACUGUGAUCGUUCAAUGGAGGACUUCAGCAACCUGCCGUCCAACAGCCAUAACUCCACAGAGUUUGAUGACCCGAGUCUCAUUCAAAACAUUGAAAAGGAUCAUCCAACAUCACCUCAGAUUUGCGAGUUCCUGACCAUGAUGGCAGUGUGCCACACUGUUGUACCGGAGAGGGAGGAUGACCAGAUAAUUUACCAGGCCUCAUCGCCGGACGAAGGAGCGCUGGUCAAAGCUGCCAAAGGACUCGGCUUCGUCUUCACAGCCAGGACCCCUCAUUCGGUCAUCAUUGAUGCUAGAGGAACGGAAAUGACCUAUGAACUUCUGAACGUACUGGAGUUCUCCAGUAAUCGCAAGCGUAUGUCCGUGGUGGUCAGGACGCCCACUGGGAAGCUGCGGCUUUACUGCAAAGGAGCUGAUAAUGUCAUCUUUGAACGACUAACGGAAGCAUCUCAGUAUAAAGAUCUAACCGUCGCUCACCUGGAGCAGUUUGCUACUGAAGGCCUGAGGACGCUCUGUUUUGCCUAUGUGGACCUGGAGGAAGGCGCCUAUCAGGAGUGGUUGAAAGAAUACAAUCGUGUCAGCACUGAACUUAAAGACCGCGCUCAGAAACUAGAGGAGUGUUACGAACUACUGGAAAAGAACUUAAUGCUACUUGGAGCCACAGCCAUAGAGGAUCGCCUCCAGGCCGGCGUCCCAGACACCAUCGCCACAUUGAUGAGGGCCGGGAUCAAGAUCUGGGUGCUCACAGGAGACAAGCAAGAGACAGCCAUUAAUAUAGGUUACUCCUGUCGCCUGGUGACACAUGGCAUGUCCCUCAUCAUUGUCAACGAGGACUCUCUUGAUGCCACUCGUGCCACCCUCACCACCCACUGUUCCUCCCUGGGCGACUCUCUGAGAAAAGAAAAUGAACUUGCACUGAUCAUCGAUGGCCAAACUCUCAAAUACGCUCUGUCCUUCGAUCUCCGCCAGGCCUUCCUCGACUUGGCGCUGUCCUGCAAAGCUGUAAUCUGUUGCCGAGUGUCGCCGCUGCAGAAGUCUGAGAUUGUGGACAUGGUGAAAAAGCACGUGAAAGCCAUCACUCUGGCGAUAGGUGACGGAGCGAACGAUGUGGGCAUGAUUCAGACGGCUCAUGUUGGGGUGGGAAUCAGCGGCAACGAGGGCAUGCAGGCCACCAACUCCUCAGACUACUCUAUCGCACAGUUCUCCUAUCUGGAGAAACUCCUUUUGGUCCACGGGGCAUGGAGCUACAACCGCGUCACCAAGUGCAUCCUCUACUGUUUCUAUAAGAAUGUGGUCCUCUACAUUAUCGAGCUCUGGUUUGCGUUUGUGAACGGCUUCUCCGGUCAGAUCCUUUUCGAGCGCUGGUGCAUAGGCCUCUACAACGUGAUAUUCACCGCGCUGCCCCCUUUCACUUUGGGUAUCUUUGAUCGACCGUGCAGCCAGCAGAACAUGCUCCGCUUCCCACAGCUCUACAGGAUAACCCAGAAUGCCGAGGGCUUCAACACCAAGGUAUUUUGGGGACACUGUAUCAAUGCACUGAUUCACUCAAUUAUCCUAUUUUGGUUUCCACUCAAAAUGUUGGAGCACGAUUCCCCGUUUAGUAACGGCCAGGGAAACGACUACCUGUUUGCAGGAAACAUGGUCUACACGUAUGUGGUCGUUACAGUUUGUCUAAAAGCUGGAAUGGAGACCACCGCUUGGACCAGGUUUUCCCACCUGGCCGUUUGGGGAAGCAUGGCGCUCUGGAUGGUCUUCUUUACCGUGUACUCCGUGUUCUGGCCCGCCAUCCCGAUCGCCCCCGACAUGCUGGGCCAGGCUGGUAAAGUGAUGCAGUGCUGGUACUUCUGGCUGGGUCUGGUCCUGGUGCCCACCGCGUGUUUACUCAAAGAUUUUGCUUGGGCUGCGACACGUCGCACUUUGAGGAAGACUCUGCUGGAGGAGGUGCAGGAGCUGGAGGCGCGGGCCGUUGACCCGGGAGCUGCGGUGCUCAGGGACGCCAGCGGCCGCAGUCUAAACGAACGAGCCCAUCUGCUGACAAGAGUAUUUAGGAAAACGCCUUCAAGUGUCGGACGCUCCAACUCAGUGCAGCAGACGGUGUCACAUGGCUAUGCUUUCUCUCAGGAAGAGCACGGCGUGGUGUCCCAGUCCCAGGUAGUUCGGUCCUACGACACCACCCGCCAGCGCCCCAGCCUCUAGCCGCCUCCGCCAGCCCCGAAUGAGGCGUUGGCUCAACGUAGCAAUCGUCAUGACGACAGCCAGAUGAACUUCAGAGCCACACUCUGACCGGCCUGUGCCGUGGCCUUACCGAGACAGUGACGUGACCUCCCUGUCACUUAGGGAUGGGAGGGUCAUGGCCGGGUGGGGAGGGGCCGUGUCUGGUGUUUGGAGGACAGGACCAAGCUAAUUACUGAACAAACUCCUAAAAAAGCUGCACAGGCAUGAGCAAACCAUAUCCCAGACAUGCCAAGUCGAACUCAGAGACUUGUACCUGUAUACACCUCAGAUCGCUUCACGCCGCUGUGCGUCGACGUGCGUGUACGUGUGUGUGUGUGUGUGCCUGUUUCAGUUCGUUUGCGUCUGCCUGUGCAUGUUCGUCUGCACACCGUGGCGCUGUGCGUGUGUGCAUGUGUUGUCUACAUGUGUCGCUUCCACGGUUACCGCUCGUCUCCAGCAAGGAGGAUUCUGCACACCUGUCGUCACGCAACGAAGCGGAGACAGAUGUCAAAAUGAUGGAGUGUGGGCUAAAUUUCACAAAAAGGACAGAAAGGAGCUCUGCACCACAGCUACACACCCAGUUUUGGCUCCAUGGCAGCACCAAGCUUCACUGCCAAACACCACAGAGGUGCAGCUGAGGCAGAACGCUCCACCUUAAACUUGGACCACCACCUUGCUGCAACACCCCUCUGAGACCUCCUCUUGUUUAUUUCUUUCUCGCUCUUAUCUCUGCAUCUCAUUGCAUUUCUGCAGCCGCCAUGUUCGUUUUCCUCUGGACAGUUUUUAGGUCUGUUUACACUCGUCUCAUGCCAUCAGCUGAUGUAGAAGCAGCAUGCCCGUUUUUAACGUUUCCCCUUCCAGUUCUGUUGGGAUAUCUGGUCUUAACUAAACAUUUUAUUUUUAUUUUUUUAUUAUUAUUAAAGUGGACAUUCAUGUGUAUGCAUUUAUAUAUAUUUUUUUUCUUUUUGACAUAUGUUUUUGUACUCAUAAGUGGGGGAAGACCCGUUAAUACCCGACGGAAUAUUUUACUUGAACUACUACUAACAGGCGUCCAAAAAUGGCGAAGGGAUUGGAUUGAGGGUACUUGCAUGAAUCAUGUGUUUCUCUGCGCUGUCUGAAUGUCCAUUGUCUGUGUGCUCUGUGUUGAGGACACUGCUUUAGGAAUGCAAGAUUGAAGGGUUUGUAUGGAUGGGUUGUGAGGAGCGGGUGGGGGGAGGGGAAAUGUCCAUCCAAAGUCCUAAUCAUUAAAUCUAAUCAAUC